AGUAAACACUUUAUUGAAUAAAAAGCAUGAAGAAUAUAAUGUUUCUGGAUGAAAUAUCACAGUUUUAAACUUUUAGUUUUGAUGCUUUUUCUGAUGGAAGCGUUCGUCACACAUGAUGUGUUCAAGGACCGUCGGAGAUAUACAAACCUGCCAAUAACGAUGCUUUUUACAAUUUCUGGCCAUGAUAAACGGUGUAGUUUUGACGUAUCGGCAGCAUUUGUUAUCACUUGAACCAUAAACUCUCAAAAUGACAACUUUCCUUCCAUAUUUCAAAAUAAAAGCCCACCAGCCUAAUCUGGUGGGUGGGUUUUGGGGUUCAGAGGGUUAAACAGAGGAGCUGUUUGUUGAGGAUUGAAUCCGUAGUUUUUAGGGUUCGGGGCUUUGGAUGAAGUGUGCUCGUUCCUCCUGCAGGGCCGGGAAGGAGAGAUCCGUCACUUGUUCCGAGGCUUCGCCUUCCUCCACUGUAAGAAGCUGGUGGAGAACGGAGGAAUGUUCGUCUGCAAGACCAGACACCUGGUGUUGGCCGGUGGAUCCAAGCCCAGAGACGUGACCAACUUCACAGUGGGAGGAUUCGCUCCAAUGAGCCCUCGAAUCACCAGCCCGAUGCACCACGGAGGAGGAAGUUCUCCACAGAGAGGAGGAGGAGGAGGAGGUGGAGCAGGAGGAGGAGUCGGAGGAGGGGGGAUGGGGCGGGGCAGAGGACGAAGAGACAACGAGCUGAUUGGUCAGACGGUCCGAAUCUCACAGGGUCCCUACAAAGGGUACAUUGGUGUGGUGAAGGACGCAACAGAGUCCACGGCCAGAGUGGAGCUUCACUCCACCUGUCAGACCAUCUCUGUAGACCGACAGCGCUUAACUACCAUGUACGUACUCUCACGUACAAGGAUCCACGCGUUAUAUAUAAUCAUACCGAUGUUUAUCCGUCAUGUUUACGGCUCCGUUAAAUAUAGUUUGAUGCUCUGUCUUCUACCAGAAGCCAUUAGCAGCUUUGCGUUUAUGUGUAAAACGCCUUUCAAGCACUUCUAGCACCAACUUCAGUUGACGCCGUUAGUCUCAGGUGCUGCUGAUUGAGGGAAAGAAGCCGUUUAGGACUUAAAUGUAGUGACUAUAAGUCCUAAACUUCAGCCGCUACUGGCUGCUACAUCUGAAUUGUUUAGAGAAAGGAUAGACGUUACCAAUACUUAUACAUCAGUGCAUCUCUUUUUCCCUCUAGUGUCCAUCACAUCCAAUAAGUUAAAACAAAUAACAGCACACGAUGUUAACCACCAGGAGUCAACCUCUGGUUCUUUAAAGUGACGUCAAAGCUUCAUGUGUUAAACCUGCAUUCUCUCU